AUGCCUUUCCCUGAUGAGUUAAUCACACCCGAGGGUCAAAACAAGCUCAUAUUCGACGAACUGUCUUGUGACAAAGAAGCUUUGAGAAAAGAGCAUGAAGAACUUUCAUCGUGCUUAACUUGCGAGCAAAGGAGUGUAUAUGAUGAAAUAAUGAUCGCUGUUUCACGAGGACGUGGUGGUGUAUUCUUUGUUUAUGGUUAUGGAGAUAUGGGGAAAACUUAUGUUUGGAAAACUCUUUGUGCUGCCAUAAGGAGUAAAGGAGAAAUCGUUUUGCCAGUGGCCUCGAGUGGUAUUGCCUCACUCCUUCUUCCAAGAGGAAGAACUGCUCAUUCAAGAUUUGGAAUACCGUUAAAUGUUAGUGAAAACUCAACAUGUGUUGGCAUCAAACCCGGUUCAGACUUGGUUGCGCUACUCAUGAAAACAAAGCUAAUUAUUUGGGAUGAAGCGCCAAUGAUGCACAAGUAUUGCUUCGAAGCACUUGAUAGAAGUUUGAAAGACAUCAUGCAGUCUAUGGAUCCUUCUAAUAAGUACAAACCAUUUGGUGGUUUGGUUGUCGUCUUCGGUGGUGAUUUUAGGCAUAUAUUACCUGUAAUCCAUAAAGAAAGUAGACAAGAUAUCAACCUUAAGUUCUUCUUAUCUAUGGAAUUCAUGUAA